GCGAUUCCCCCUCGGCCUUCAACAUCUCCGCGCAACGCUGCGUCCUGACACCUGGCCGGCCUCCAUCGCGAGAUCGCCUGCGGAGUUUCCUUGCCUUCAAGUAUCAAGACAUAACAGGUCCGUCGUCCUCUCUCUCUCUCUCUCUCUCUUUCACUCUGUUUCUUGCGCAUCUGCACAAAUAUGUUGCGCGCACUCCCUAGGAAAAUUAUAAGAAUCUUGUGUGUAUUGUCAAUUUCGGCAAGGACGAUAUUUGAAGAUGCCAAUUUGUGUAAAAUAUUGUGGCAGGAAGUGUUAGUACUGUUGGUUUGUCUGUGUUUUGUGGGAAUUUUUGGGUUUUGGUUGUGAUUGUUGGAGACUUGUAUGGAGUCUGAUCUUGAUUAUUUUGUUGUUGGUGUGAUUGGUUUUUGAGGAAAGAUUGAAGUUGGUGAGGAGGGAUGAAUUCCAAGAGUUUGGGAGUAGGAAGAGAGGAUGGACAGGCGCAGCCACCACCGCCGCCGACGCUGCUGUCGCGGCAGGGUUCGAUUUACUCGCUGACGUUCGACGAGUUCCAGAGCACGCGCGGGGGGCUUGGCAAGGACUUCGGGUCGAUGAACAUGGACGAGUUCCUUAAGAACAUAUGGACCGCGGAGGAGAGCUACGCCAUGGUCGCCGCCCUCGGCGACGGCAGCGGUGGCUUUGGUGCCGGGGCCGGCCUCCAGCGGCAGGCCUCGCUCACCUUGCCCAGAACCCUUAGCCAGAAGACUGUCGACCAGGUCUGGCGGGGCCUCGUCGAACCCUCCUCCUCCGGCCAAGGGGUGGCCGCCAGCUGCGGCGGCACGGACUUCCCGCGGCAACCCACCCUCGGGGAGAUUACCCUUGAGGAGUUCUUGGUGCGGGCCGGAGUGGUGCGGGAGGAUAUGGCUCCGUCGCCGAGACCACCGACGCCGAUUGGCAAUAAAAGCAACAACACCAAUAUCUACUAUGGAGAUUUGCCGGUCGUGAACACUUCGGCUGGGCUGGAACUCAAGUUCAAUCAGGCACCGGGUCGAAGCAAUGGAAAUAUGGCAAACGUUCCAAUUGCUCACGGUUCAGCUGCUAAUUUGGGGGUGACAUCCACUGUUGCGAGACCUUUUGCGCCUCCAGUUCCCCUGGGAGAUAGCAUGGGCUUGGUGAGCCCGCAGGGCAUGAGAGGCGGAGAACUUGGCGGCUUUGGCCACGUCGGGAUGAACAACAGAUUGAUGACGGGGAUGGUUGGUCUGAGCACAGCUGGAGUCAUGGGAGCGUCAGGGUCGCCAAAAAACCAUCUGUCUUCAGAUGAAAUUGUUAAAGGCAACGGGGAUCUAUCUUCUUUAUCACCUGUUCCAUAUGUGUUUAAUGGUGGGCCGAGGGAAAGGAAGCGUAAUAGGAGUCUGGAUAAAGUUGUGGAAAGGAGGCAGAGGAGGAUGAUCAAGAACAGGGAGUCAGCUGCUAGAUCACGUGCCCGGAAGCAGGCUUAUACUGUGGAGUUGGAAGCUGAAGUGGCAAAACUCAAAGAGCUAAACCAAGAAUUGCAGAAAAAACAGGUGGAAAUGAUGGAGAUGAAGAAGAAUCAGGUCCUCCAGGUGAUCAAGCGGCAGCAUGGACAAAAGAAACAACGGUUGAGGAGGACACGAACGGGUCCAUGGUAAAGCGGGACUUGAUGACAAUAGCUGAAUCAAACAAUAAAAAUCCAUGGUGUGAAACUAUUUGAGAUCGACUAAAUGAAUCAUUUUUUUUCAUCAUUGAACUAUGUGUAUGUGUAAAAUGAUAGUUGUUGAACCAGAAUAUCUUGUAUUUUAGCUCAUAGAGCAGUUGUGUAUAUGAAUUGCACCUCUUGCUGUAGAAUCCAGAUCUUGUAUAAUUAAUUUCUCAUCCAUCUUAUUUUGCU